GGCAAGAGCAGAGAACAGACUAGACGGGACAGCAGAGCAAAGAAACUGCCCCCGAACUUAAAGCAAGAGCGAGAAACUGAGACAUCAGAGUUUUGGAGAAAGACAGAGAGACCUGUUGGAAUUUACUGCUGAUUUCCAGCUUUUCUUUUCAUUUAAUGAAAGGACUUCUUUGCAACAAGUCCGACCUGCACAUAACUUUUAAAUGAGUUUUGCACUGGAUUUGAUCCCUUUUUAGAUUCAUAUGCGUAAUUUUGGGGACAGUUUCGUGGAAGUUCAAAGACUUUUGAUUUGUAGCUCAUAGUGGAAACCUUUUAAAGGAUUUAAUUGCUUCAUUAUAGAGACUUUAUUCUCAAUUUAAUUUUUCCUCUUGUCGGAUUUCAGUUAUAUGAUGUGGUUUUUACGCGUUUCCAUUGGUUUAAUUACCGCCCUGUGCGUCAGCGCAGCGCACAGCUCCUGGGAGGAGAGCACCGUUGUGCCGGUCAGACUAGACCCGGCGGCCCAGUCAGAGAGCGAAACCGAACCCUGGCGGACUCCCACCGCAGAGGAGAAGGAGAAGGAGGCGGAGAUGAGAGUGUACCGGUUGGACGUAUUUGGCAAGCAGCUGGUUUUGCAGCUCGAGCCUGACCAGACCUUCUUGGCGCCGGGUUUUGUCUUCCACAUCGUGGGGACUCCCGAGUCCGACCCGACACCGGAACCAAAGAGCGGAGCCGAGCCAGGCUGCUUCUUCUCGGGCACGGUGAACGGAGAGGAGCACUCCGCCGCUGCGCUCAACCUGUGCCACGGACUCAGGGGCGGAUUUUACUUUCGGGGUGAAGAGUACUUCAUCCAGCCCCUGAACUCCAGCGACUUCCUGGGCAGUGAGGAGGAUGUCCACACGGUUCGCCGGAGAAGCCGGGCAGCUUUGGCUGAGGAGGGCAGCUCCAAGUGUGGGGUCAACGAGGACGAGGAGAGAGUGCCAACGAAUCUGGAAAAAGAAGCUCGUCAAAGAGCCCCUAACGCAGACCAGACAGCCCACCACAGGACCAGGCGUUUUGUUUCCACCCCUCGCUACAUGGAGAUCAUGCUGGUGGCCGACCAGUCCAUGGCUGAGUUCCACGGCGCAGGGCUCAAACCUUACCUGUUAACCAUCAUGGCAGUGGCCUCCCGCCUCUACCGGCACCCCAGCAUCCACAACUCCAUCAGCCUGGCCGUGGUGAAGCUGCUCGUGGUGUACGAGGAGGAGCGAGGCCCUCAGGUGUCAUCAAACGCAGCCAUGACCCUCCGCAACUUCUGCCAGUGGCAACGGCAGCACAACCCUCCUAGUGACCGCCACCCGGAGCACUACGACACGGCCGUGCUCUUCACCAGGACGGACCUAUGUGGUGCUCACUCUUGUGACACUCUGGGGAUGGCAGAUGUCGGCACAGUGUGUGACCCUGACAGAAGCUGCUCAAUCAUUGAAGAUGAUGGACUGCAGGCAUCAUUUACAGUCGCACAUGAGCUCGGUCACGUCUUCAACAUGCCUCAUGAUGACGCCCAGCUGUGUUCGGGUGUGAACGGCGCCCACUGGGGCUCCCACAUGAUGGCCUCCACCCUGUCCAACCUGGACCAGCAGCAGCCGUGGUCUCCCUGCUCUGCCCUCAUGGUCACCACGUUCCUGGAUAACGGUCACGGUCAGUGCCUCCUGGAUAAGCCGGUGAAGCCUCAGCCGCUCCCCCAGCCCCUGCCUGGGACGGUUUACGACGCCGACCAUCAGUGUCGUCUGACGUUUGGCGAAGACUCGCAGCACUGCCCAGACCUGAGCACCAUGUGCACAGCUCUGUGGUGCACCGUGACCACGUCCAACGGUUUGCUGGUGUGCCAGACCAAGAACUUCCCCUGGGCUGAUGGGACGCCGUGCGGACAUGACAGCUUCUGCCUGGCUGGACAGUGUCUCACAAAGAGUCAAGCUGCCAAACAUCAGACUCCUGUCAACGGUGGAUGGGGUGUCUGGGGACCCUGGGGUGACUGCUCCCGAACCUGCGGAGGAGGAGUUCAGUAUUCCUUCCGCGCCUGUGAUAACCCUUUGCCUAAGAAUGGAGGCAAAUACUGUGAGGGCAAGAGGAUCCAGUACCGCUCCUGCAAUACAGAAACCUGCCCUGACACCAACGGCCUGUCAUUCCGUGAAGAACAGUGUCUGGCCCACAACGACAUGUCGGCUCAAGUGUCCCUGGGUUCAGGCGAGGGCGUCGAGUGGGUACCCAAAUAUGCUGGAGUUUCACCCAAAGACCGCUGCAAGCUGGUGUGCCGGGCCAAGGGGACUGGAUACUUCUUUGUUCUCAAAUCUAAGGUGGCUGAUGGGACGCCCUGCAGUCCAGAUUCCACUUCUGUUUGUGUUCAAGGCCAGUGUGUCAAGGCUGGAUGUGAUCGUGUCAUUGGCUCCAACCGGCGCUUUGAUAAGUGCAAUAUUUGCGGUGGAGAUGGUUCAACCUGCAAGAAAGUGUCAGGAUCUCUGGAGCGUGCCAGGCCUGGUUACCAAGAUGUUGUAACUAUCCCCGCUGGUGCCACCCAUGUAGACGUCAAGCAACGUGCUCCAGGCAACGGUCGUCAUGACAACAGCUACUUGGCAGUGCGUCGCCAGGAUGGAAACUAUCUGUUAAACGGCGACUACAAGCUGAUGACCAUGGAGACUGACAUUGCCCUGAGAGGGUCACUGUUGCGUUACAGCGGCUCAUCUGCCACCCUGGAGCGCCUCCGAAGCUUCGCCCCGCUCCCUGAGCCCCUCACCAUCCAGGUGCUGUCUGUAGGAGAAGCCCCGAGGCCCCGAGUUAAGUACAGCUACUUCGCCCCUCGACCCAACAACGCUGCUUCAGCCUCCGGCAACAAUGCAGGCCGCCGCCCAUCUAUCAAUGCCAUCCGAGAGGUUGGUGGAGCCGAGUGGACCCUGAGGGAGUGGGGUCCAUGUUCCCAGACCUGUGGAGGAGGCACCCAGCAGAGAGAGGUAGUGUGUCUGGACUCUCAGGGCCGUCCCUCCAGAGACUGCCCCGAGGAGCUUCGCCCCUUGGCCUCGCAGUCCUGCGCCUCCCAGUCCUGCCCCUCCUGGCUGCUCGGGGAAUGGUCAGUGUGCUCCAAGACCUGCGGCCGAGGCUUCCGCAAACGUCAGCUGCGCUGCAUCGGCCAUGACGGACGCACACUAACCCAUGACAGCUGUGACCCCAAAGACCGGCCACGACCCCUGCUGGAACUGUGCAAUCAGAGUGCCUGCUAAGGACUGCAUCUACCAUCAAACCUCCCAACAUUCAGAAAGACAUCAGAUAAAAACUGCCUCCCUUUUCCCAGAAAAGGGCCGAUGAAUGUUUACAUCCAGAGCAAGAAUGCUACAGGUUUUCAUGGCUUCCAAUGAGUCCACGAUGAUUGUGACUGCUAAUAUUUACCCAUUCCCUCCAGCCAUUUUGGGGCCAAAUGUUGAACAGCAGCAGCAAAGACCGAGCUUGCUGCCUGUGUGUCCUCAGAGCACAGCAGUGGCAUAUCUUGUGUCCCAUUAAGGGGAAAAAGACAUUCCUAGUUUCCCUAAAGGAGCAGGCUGCUUACCAUGCCAAUGCCAUGCUUAUGUGUGAGUGUGAGACUGUGUGUGUUUAAAUUUUUAAUGUGUAUAUGAUGUUUGUCCAAGCUGGGCUGGACAGACAAAUAAGGGUUUGGGUGGGGGAGGUUAUCUAAAGAAUAUAAGAAACAAAUGAAAGAGAAUAGCUCAUAGUCUACUUGUUCACCCCAUCAGGUAUGGAAAAAUCAGAUAGUCAUAACGUUUGUUAAAAUUUCAGUCCACAUUUAUUUAUCACAAACCUGAAGCACUUCAUCUUUUGUUUUUGCCAGCGGCACAUUGUAACAACCAGUUUCUCUAAAUGCCUCAGUACUUUAUAUUAGCCAUAUCUUGCCCUCGUCUAUGCAGCCUUCAAUGAGGGAACUGUUCAAAGACCAAAGAGGAGUGUGUGAGUGUACAUGUGUGUACUAAUGUGUGUGUGGAGACCUACAGAGGGACUUGUCUCCUGCUACUACUUCAUAAGUAAGUCUCUCCUGCCUUCUGCGAAGGCUCUUUUUUUUCAGUUUUUUUUCUUUUGUACAGAAUAUCCAAACUUUAUUUAUUUUUGUACAGCCUGUUAAAUAUAAUCAUGUGGCUUUUUUAAUAUAGUUUUUUUUAUUUGUCAUUGAGAUUACAGAAGGAAGUAGAAUAUAUAGAGUAUUUAUACAGUGUCUUUAUAUAUAU